UCUGUUUCACCAAACGAUUUUAACUGCUGAUGAGUUACGCAGGGCACAGUGGCACCAAAACGCGCCUUGCAAUCCUAGAGGACCGAUUGGCCCUACCUAUUUUUGUGUGGUUGCUAUGGGUGUCGUGGCUGAGGGUUUUUGGGUUUGAAGAUGAGGGGUAUAUAUGGGGGUGGAUGGGUGGUUGGUGUAAGACUCGGUUUGUGUGUUGUCUGAACCUGACUUAUUUUCCCACGAGGCUUCUUCUCCGUCAAGGACUCUUUCUCUAUUUCCCUCUCUUCUUCGCUCUUACAGUUUUUACGGAGUAGUUCUUCUUCGGCCCUAACUCGCGGCUUCCCUGCCUCCGUACCAAAUCCCAGUUUCUGGAAGCUAGAGUGCACAUCGGCUCCUUCGUAUCAUCAUACCAUAGGAAUACAGAACUGAGGAAGACUACUGCGGACACAAAUCCCGGCUGUCGACUAGGAGUUCACUCAGGUUGACAAUAUCUUACCCAUCAUCAUCAUGAGAUCCUAUACCGCUGCCGCGGCCCUCGCGGCCCUCGCAUCAACGAGCCAUGCCGCGACCGUGACGCUGCAGGAAACGCCCUGUCUGCAACCAACAGAGUUGAAGACGUAUACGGUAGAAGUGGGCAAACUGGUCGUCGUUGACAUGCCCUCCAUCUGCGGCCUCAAACUCGUAUCCACCUCGGACCCCGCCUCCGCCCCCUUGGAAGCAAUAACAUGCCAACUCUUCAAAGACGCCGCCGGCCAAGUCCCCGGGUCUGCGAAAUUCACCUUCGCAUCCCCGGCGCUGAUUGCCACGAAUCCCGUCCAGGAGGGGAGUAUUCGGUGUGAUGUAGGCGCUGCUCCUGCUUCUUCUUCGACUGGAGAGACGCAGAGCGUGACGACGGUUGUGUCGCCUGUUACGGCUACGGGGACGGGCAUGCCCGUUGGAGGGGGCUAUGGGAAUGGGAAUGGGACGCUUGUUGUCCAUCCGACGGCUACGCCUACGGGGAGUCAGACGCCGCCGGGCCCGGAGGGUGCGGCGAAUGGGUUGGCAGUGGGAACUGGGGUCGGAUUGACGGCUUUGAUGCUGGUGAUUGGGGCUUUGGUGCUUUAGAUGAGAGGUGGUGGUAAUGGGAGUAGUGAUGGGUGGGCAUUUGGUAUGGAGUUUUGGGUUACGAAUGGUGUGCUUUUUCUUUUUCUUUUCCUCAGCAUGGCGAUAUUGCGCUUGGCGUGAAUGCACUGGGAUGGCGAGGGUUUCUGGGCGAGCUUCAUUGCUACAUAAACGGGAAGGGGUGGUUCGGUAGAGUAAACCAUAUAGUAACCUAAUUAAUGAUAAUGGGUCUGCAAUAGUCCAUUCCA